GCCUGCCUCCUUCGUCGCCUCGGGUCCCCGCUCUCCUCGCCGCGGAAAGUCCUUCCGACCGCGGCGCUCACCGCCCACCCGCUGCCGUGGGAGCCGGAUCUGGCCGCCUCCGUGGCCGCGCGGGGCUUCGCUCGGCUCGCGGGCGCCAUGAAGAGCCUGCCGUAUUUCUGCCGCGGCGAGGUGGUGCGCGGCUUCGGCCGGGGCUCCAAGGAGCUGGGCAUCCCCACAGCUAACUUUUCUGAGGAAGUGGUUGAUAGCUUCCCAUCUGAUAUCUCUACUGGCAUAUACUAUGGCUGGGCUUGUGUUGGAAAUGGAGAUGUGCAUAAAAUGGUUGCAAGCAUAGGCUGGAAUCCAUAUUACAAGAAUGUUAAGAAAUCGGUGGAAACACACAUCAUCCACACCUUUGCAGGAGACUUCUACGGAGAAAUACUUAGCAUAAUUAUUGUUGGAUACAUAAGACCAGAAAAAAACUUCAGUUCUUUAGAUGCACUAAUAGCAGCUAUUCAAGACGACAUUGAAGAAGCUAAGAAAAAACUAGACUUGCCAGAACACCAGAAAUUAAAAGAAGACAACUUCUUCCACACUGCUACUGUUAGCAACAUAGCUAAUGGUCAUUGACUGAUGCCAUUCCUUAAUUUUCACUGUAUAUUGCACUAAUUUUAGUGGCUGUCCUUUAGAGAAAAAAAACUGUAACCAGUAUUCCUGUGAUUUAGGAGUUCUGCUUGUAUUGGUAUUGAAUUAAAAUAGUUAGGCAAAAGUAACUUAUUAGUCUACAUAUUAUAAUGGCAAGUUAGGAAAAAAUGGCAAGUUACCCAGAGCAAUGUAACACUAUUACUAUUACUAGGUCAUCCAAGGUCAGAAACAGUUUUCUUAAUGUUGACAGGUAAUUUGUAAAUGUUUUUAAUGAUGGUUAGCUAAUCUUUAAGUGAGCAUCAUUUUCUUAUUUUAAAGGUCAAAGCAAUCAUGCCAGAAGCUCUUGUAGUGAGGGGAAUCCAAUGGUAAAGUACUGUAAACUUCUCUUUUGGAUACUUGGUUUUUAUUUGUUACAUAAUUAAAAAUGGGUUGCAUCCAGGGGGAAACUAGUUACAUUUCAGGAUAUAUUUAUAAUGAAGUUUGUCUGCUGUACUUGCUUCUCAAAUAGGGUGCAAAGACCCUGGUUUCCAGAGAAGCAUUUGAAACCAGAUAAAUCAGAAACUUUUAAAUAGCAAAAACACAUUUCAGUCUUUGUCUCACCAUAUAUAUAUGCACAACUUAACUUUUACAAAAUGGAUUCUAAAAUAAAUUGAGUUUUCAGUGAUGAAUAUACCUUACUUAGAAGAUGUAUGGGGCUUGCUUUGCUGCUAUAUAAAUUUGGCGGUUGCCUCUUGGUGAAAUGUUUGUGCAUAAGCACUGAUUAGCUACAUUGCCUGGUUAUAGAUUAAAUAUGGUAUAGCUUUGAUUUAUGACUUGCGUAAUAUAUGACUUGCCUACAACUUUAGUGAUACACAUAUGGUGGAAAGCAAGGGGGAUUGGCCUAAGCAACGUUUAGCUUUUGCAGAAACCUAAUUGAUAACAGAAUUGUGUCUAAUUCUGAUUCUAUGUAAAACCUUCUUUUAGAAGUACACAUAGUAUACUUCAAAUUUUUUGAAACCUUUUAUGUUAAACAUGACCAAAGUCCUACAAUGAAACGUUAGACUGCUUAGAAAAAAUGUGUUGGAAUGUAAACCUUUGGGCAUUUGUGCUGUCCCAGAAAGAGCCUAAAUUAAGAAUAAUGCAAUUUAAUUGUAGGGAGCUAAAUACAUAGCAGUUUUCACAUGGUUAAAUGUGUAAACAUGUUUGUUGGCAGUGAAAUUGCAGCGGGAAGCCCUGCUAUGCAUAUGUAUUGAAGAUAUACAAAUGAGUAUGCAAACUGAACGUGCACUUGAAGAUCAUACUUUUUCCAGACAGGUUGGAAAUAAAUGCAGGGCUUGUCAUUGUGAUCUUGAUGCCUCCUAUGUGUUUAUUGUAUCUAUUUUUUUGUGGGAAAAGUGCUUAUAUAUUUCGGAAUUUUCCCAUUGUGUUGAUUUGCAAAGAAACCUCUAGUCUCCUUUUGUCAUUGUUGAAAUGUCCCAAUAUCCAUAUCUGAGUGAUGUAGCUAAGUUUAAAUAUUCUGGUUUUCUUCAACUAACUUUUACACAAAGUACACCCAUUGAAAUGAAUGGCUAUAACUAAUUUGGGUCCAUUAAGUUGCAGUAAAAGAUAGAUGAAUACUAACAGUUUUUAAUAAUAUGUCCACUAUUCUUCGUGCCGCCCAUGUCCCAACAAUUAGGCUUUCUGCAUUUUUAAUAUAUUAGAUAUUCAUGAUUUGUGCAUACCACGGACUUGCAAGUUCUCUGUGUAAUGUGUAUGUUCUAGCAUGCAGUUAGCAGGCCUGUAGCAGCAUGUUUCUGCUUCUUCCAGCUUCAGGGUUGAGCAGCACAAAAUUAGGUGGACUUUGUCUGGGAUUUUAGAGCCAGAAAAAGCCAUUUUUUCCUACUACAACGUUCUGUAGUGCCACAUGGGAAAAAUCCCCUCUCUGGCUCAGGAGAGGAAAAGGAGGCGCCAUGCCAUGUCAAGCUGAACUAUUACUUCUGGAAAAUAGGUUUGUGGAAUCUUACCCCACAAUACUUUAAAUGUUAGCAGUUGGAAGUAAGCAUACUAUCUGACAGGUGAUAAUGUAAGCUUAACAAUCUGAGGACUUGAUAAUGUUGCUACCUAUGAUUGUUUGCCAUUUGGGUUGUCUUUAGAAAUGAGUGCCUUCUGGAAGGGUUUAUGAGUCUUGAGCAUUUGAAUGAAGAGAAUGUAGUCACAGAGUACUUUAAUUUUGUGGAAAAACUGCACUAUAAAGUAUGAACAGGAAAAAUGUUCAUUGUUCAGGCCAGAUAAAAAUACAUGCGUGUAUGAAAUCAUUUAUUGAAUUCUAUCUUUUUAUAUACCUGUAUUUAAGAUGAUUCAUUUAAAAUUUACCACUGUAAUUUUAUUAAGGGUUUUAUUUUUCUACUCAUUUCAACAAAUAAAAGUAUGGAAA